AUGCUCCGCUCGCUCUCACGCGUGCGCGCACGCACCCCUCUCGUCGCUGCAGCUACCGCUCGCCGCGCCCGUCCCCUCGUCCCCACAGUCGUCAGCCGCCGGCAGUAUGCGACCCCGGCAGCGGCGUCGGCAUCGACGACCGCUGCUCCCGUGGUCAACUAUGAGCCUGCCAAGGAGGCAAAGCACCUCAAAAAGGUCCUCAUUGCUAACCGUGGAGAGAUUGCAUGCCGCGUGAUCCGCACGGCUCGCAAGCUCGGCAUUCGUACCGUCGCCGUCUACUCGGACGCCGACAAGGACUGCCUCCACGUUGAGAUGGCAUACCACAUUGGCCCUGCCCCCGCCGCCGAGUCGUACCUCGUCAAGGACAAGCUCCUGGCCGUCGCGGCCGCCUCUGGAGCAGACGCAAUUCACCCUGGCUACGGCUUCCUGUCCGAGUCACCCCCCUUCGCCGCCGCCGUCAGCGCUGCGGGCAUGAAGUUUAUCGGCCCACCUGCCGAGGCCAUCCGCGCAAUGGGCAGCAAGCGCGAGAGCAAGGAGAUCAUGGUCGCGGCCGGCGUCCCCUGCGUUCCGGGAUACCACGGCGCCGAGCAGGCCGAGGACGUUCUGUGCAAGGCUGCCGCGGACGUUGGCUUCCCCUUGCUCAUCAAGCCCACGCACGGUGGUGGCGGAAAGGGCAUGCGCGUUGUGCGCAAGAUGGACGACUUUGUCGAGGAGCUUCGCUCGGCACAGCGUGAGGCCGCCAAGUCGUUUGGUAACGACGAGGUCCUGCUUGAGCGCUGGCUCGAGCGGCCGCGACACAUCGAGGUGCAGGUGUUUGCCGACACGCAGGGCAACUGCGUGAGCCUGUGGGAGCGCGAUUGCUCGGUCCAGCGUCGUCACCAGAAGAUCAUCGAGGAGGCCCCUGCCCCCGGUCUCAGUGCGGCCAUCAAGCAGGACCUCGCUGAGAAGGCCGUCGCGGCAGCCAAGGCUGUCAACUAUGUCGGCGCGGGCACUGUCGAGUUUAUCAUGGACGCAGAGUCGGGCGAGUUCUUCUUCAUGGAGAUGAACACUCGUCUGCAGGUCGAACACCCGGUCACCGAGGAGGUCACUGGUGUCGACCUCGUCGCGUGGCAGUUUGCCGUUGCCGCGGGUAACCCCUUGCCCAUGACCCAGGCCGAGAUCCCAUGCAUCGGCCACGCCUUUGAGGCCCGUAUCUACGCCGAACGUCCCGAGUCCAACUUCCUCCCCGACGCCGGACGCCUGAUCCACACUGCUGCCCCGCGCGACGCGCCCCACCGCCUCGACACUGGUUUCCGUGAGGGCGACGACGUCUCGUCGUACUACGAUCCCAUGAUCGCAAAGCUCAUUGUGCACGGCCGUGACCGCGCCGAGGCGCUCGCGAUGCUGCGCUCCGCCCUGGACCAGUACCAGGUCGUUGGCCCCAGCACCAACGUCGACUUUUUGCGCGUCGUCGCCGCCCACCCCAAGUUUGCCGCCGGCCCCGUCGAGACCAACUUUAUCCCCGAGCACCACGACGAGCUGUUCCCGCCCAAGGUCGUCCCUGCCGAGGUCCUCGCCCAGGCCGCGCUGUCGAUCGCGCACCAUGAGCCGUCGCAGGGAGAGGGAGCAUGGGGCAGCCUCCCCGGGCGCCGGUUCACCGACUCGAGCGCGCACAACUACCACUUUGACGAGGGCGAGGUGGUCGUCCGCCAGCGUCCCGACUUUUCCUACGACAUCACCGUCAGCGGUGCUGCCGCCGCCGAGGGAACGCCCGCUUCGCCCGCGACGGAGCUGCACGCGACCGUCAAGCGCACGGGCGAGCACGAGCUCGUGACGCAGUUUGCCGGCUCGCACGGCACCGCCACGGUCAUCCCGCACGGCCCCAAGCUGCACAUCUUCACCCCCGAGGCGCAGUAUGUCCUGCGCCGGCGCGGCGCCGAGGUCGAGGGCGAGGAGACGGGCGCCGGCGCGGGCUCGGACGCGCUCACGAGCCCCAUGCCCGCGACGGUCAUUGACGUGCGCGUCAAGCCCGGCGACACCGUCACCGAGGGCCAGGUGUGCGCGGUCCUCGAGUCGAUGAAGAUGGAGAUCAACAUCCGCGCCGGGCGCGACGGCAAGAUUGCCGCUGUCAACGUCGGUAAGGGGCAGGCGGUCGAGGAAGGUGCCGUGCUCGUGGCGCUUGAGCCUGUCGAGGAGGCCAAGUAG